GAAAGCUCUAUAUAAUGAGACAUCUUCACCCAACCACUACUACAGAUCUUUCGACUGAUGAACACUUAACAAUCUCUUCACACCUCUCUCUCUCUCCAUCUUUUCAUAACUCCUAUAUAUAUAUAUAUAUACACACUCACUUAUUCAUGCUUCUCAUCUCGACAGCUCAACUAGCUUAGUCUUAGCUUCUUUUGUAUUUAUUAUACAACCUGUCUCUCCUUUAUUUCAUCAUCUUCUCACUUCUUUUCUCUCUUUAAAUCCCAACACACCAUGGUUUCUCCUGAUGCUCUUCGAACCAUAGUCGGUAUCAUAGGAAAUAUCAUUUCACUCUUCUUGUUCUUGUCUCCAGUGCCAACAUUUGUUCAGAUAUGGAAGAAGAAAUCGGUGGAGCAAUACUCGGCGGUGCCGUACCUGGCGACCCUGGUCAACUGCAUGGUUUGGACUCUGUAUGGGCUGCCUUUCAUCAACCCAGGCAGCAUUUUGGUGGUGACCAUCAAUGGCUCCGGCAUGGCCAUCGAGUGCACAUACAUCGUCAUCUUCUUAAUCUUCUCAGACAAGAAAAAGAGGAUUAGAGUUCUUCUUGUGGUGCUUGCUCAGCUCAUUUUCAUUUCUGUUCUAACCCUUUUGACUUUGACUUUGUCUCACACUCACAAAAAACGAUCCACCAUUGUUGGUACCAUUUGUAUUCUCUUCAACAUCAUGAUGUAUGCUGCUCCAUUGGCUGUCAUGAAAUUAGUCAUUACGACCAAAAGUGUGGAGUUCAUGCCAUUCUUUUUAUCACUUACUUCUUUGCUUAAUGGUGUUACUUGGACCACUUAUGCUCUCAUCCGAUUUGACCCUUUUAUCACUAUACCAAAUGGGCUUGGGACAUUAUUCGGAGUGGCCCAGCUGAUUCUAUACGCCACAUACUACAAGUCCACCCAGAGAAUAAUGGUAGAGAGGAAAACUAAACAGGUGAACUUGUCAGAGGUGGUCGUGGCUGAAGAAGAAGAGCUCAAGAAACCAGGCCAUACUACUCACAAUGGUCAUUCUACUCUGAGCCACUGAUGACGUGGCAAAGCCCUGGGGGACCUAUAAACUUGUGUUUCAUUUUUUGUUUUUUGUUUUUUUUUUUGGGUUGUGAUUAUACAUAAAAACAACAACAACAACAACAAUGUCUCGAUUUCAAUUCGACGCUUCAGUUAUAGAUAAUGACAGUGGUGUGUUUGAACCACUUAGAAAAGUCAACUGUUGACUGUUUUUGUUCCCUUUAUGAUCAUCGAUAGAUAUAAAGUCGUACGUUACCAAACAAAAUUUUUGGUAAAUUUGACUAAGAA